GUGGGUCUGUCUGAGUUCAGCAGAACAGACUUGGAGUCUCUGGUGGACAAACUGAAGACAGCUGUUGAAGGACUGCAGUGGGACGUGGAGGACAAGAUUCUGUCUCAUCUUGUCCUCCAGGAUGAACUGUCCAACCCAAAGAAUGGAGACUCCGCCCACAAACACCUGAAGCAGCAGGCCUCCAUCUUAGGUCACCUGGAGGAUCUGGGGCUGCUCAGGCGGGGGCGCUGCUUUGUGGAGUUUGGAGCAGGUCGAGGGAAACUGUCUCACUGGAUCCACGAGGCCCUGAAGACCCAGGAGGACCUGAAGACCCAGGAGGACCUGAAGACCCAGGAGGACCUGAAGACCCAGGAGGCCCUGAAGACCCAGGAGGACCUGAAGACCCAGGAGGCCCUGAAGACCCAGGAGGACCUGAAGACCCAGGAGGCCCUGAAGACCCAGGAGGACCUGAAGACCCAGGAGGCCCUGAAGACCCAGGAGGACCUGAAGACCCAGGAGGACCUGAAGACCCAGGAGGCCCUGAAGACCCAGGAGGACCUGAAGACCCAGGAGGACCUGAAGACCCAGGAGGAUCUACAGCUGCUGUUAGUGGAGCGCUCCAGUACCCGCUUCAAGGUGGACGGGAAGCAUCAGGACUCCAGAACUGAGCUCCAGAGGCUUCAGGUGGACAUUCAGCACCUGGACCUGGGGAAGGUCCAGCUGCUGCAGCAGAAGAAGCUUCCUUUGGUCGGAGUCGGCAAACAUCUGUGUGGAGCAGCAACAGACUUGGCCCUGCGCUGCUUACUGGAAACACCCAAAGCCAGAGAGGAACCAGAACCAGCUCCAAAACRCCUCAAAGCAUCAGAACUGAGGCCAGAACCUGGUCCAGGUACCAGUCCAGUGCUGGGCCUGGUGGUGGCUCUGUGCUGCCACCAUCGCUGUGAGUGGCGCCACUACGUGGGCCAGAACUUCUUCCUGCAGAGAGGACUUGGACCUGCAGAGUUCUCCACCUUCUGUCGCAUGUCCAGCUGGGCCACAUGUGGACUCAGACCGGCCAAUCAGGACUGUCCGUCACAGGAUCCAGCCAAUCAGGACUGUCCGUCACAGGAUCCAGCCAAUCAGGACUGUCCGUCACAGGAUCCAGCCAAUCAGAGAGCAGAGGAUGAAGAACAUGAAGCAGCAGAUGAGACAGACGCCACCAGUGGGUGGUCCUCAGCAGGUGAGCGGCAGCAGGUGGGACGUCUCUGUAAGCUGUUGAUUGACGAGGGCAGACGUGACUUCCUGAAGACCAAAGGCUUCAGCAGCCAGCUGAUCCGUUACAUCGACCCUCAGGUGACCCUGGAGAACAUUUUACUGACAGCUGUACCCUCCUCUUCCUCUGCUGUGUCCUGAAGGUCAGCCCACUGGACAUGUUUCUGUUCCUGGCUGACAGAUGGGUUCUUAAUAAAUGUUACAACACAACCAGUCUGGACUAGAUUUUGUUUAAAAAAGAAACAUUUCCAUCAGACCGAGGGCUCAAAUGUUUGAUAAAGUUUAUAAUAAAGAUUUAAAAAUUUAA